CGCAUGUGCUAGCUUGACGGAAGUUGCGGUGUUGAUGUGGUUUUGUUUGGUGAAGCUGUCGCAUUUGUUUCUCCAUUUGUCAUGUCAUUAGCUACACGUUUCCUCCUAAAAUAGCCCCGCGGGCGGUUUCGCUUCUCCACCUUUGGGGAGGGUCACAGGAAAGACAUUUGGGCGGAGAACAGAAGAUGAAAUGACAACGUCAACAUUACAGAAAGCCAUCGAUCUUGUCACCAAAGCCACAGAGGAAGACAAGGCAAAGAACUACGAGGAGGCCCUGCGCUUGUACCAGCAUGCAGUGGAAUAUUUCCUGCAUGCCAUCAAAUAUGAGGCCCACAGUGACAAAGCAAAGGAGAGCAUUCGAGCGAAGUGCAUGCAGUACCUGGACAGAGCGGAGAAACUUAAGGACUACCUGAAGAACAAAGACAAACAAGGAAAGAAGCCCUUCAAGGAGGCACAGAGCAAUGACAAGAACGACAGCGACUGUGAGGGCGAAAACCCAGAGAAGAAGAAACUGCAGGAGCAGCUUAUGGGCGCCAUUGUUAUGGAGAAGCCCAACGUCCGAUGGAACGACGUCGCUGGACUGGAGGGAGCAAAGGAGGCGUUGAAGGAGGCUGUCAUCUUGCCCAUUAAAUUUCCUCACCUUUUCACAGGCAAGCGGACUCCAUGGAGGGGCAUCCUGUUGUUUGGACCGCCGGGAACGGGGAAGUCCUACCUGGCCAAAGCUGUGGCCACCGAGGCAAACAACUCCACCUUCUUCUCCGUGUCCUCCUCAGACCUCAUGUCCAAGUGGCUGGGAGAGAGUGAGAAGUUGGUGAAAAACCUGUUUGACUUGGCCCGACAGCACAAACCCUCCAUCAUCUUCAUCGAUGAGGUGGACUCGCUGUGCGGCUCCAGGAACGAGAACGAGGGCGAGGCUGUUCGCCGCAUCAAGACCGAGCUCCUGGUUCAGAUGCAAGGUGUGGGUAACAACAACGAUGGUGUUUUGGUGCUCGGUGCCACCAACAUUCCAUGGGUGCUCGAUGCUGCCAUCCGCAGGAGAUUUGAGAAGAGGAUCUACAUCCCUCUGCCGGAGGAGCCGGCCAGAGUGCAGAUGUUUCGGAUCCACCUGGGAAACACGCCGCACAACCUCAGCGAGGCCGACCUGCGGCAGCUCGCCCACAAAACCGAGGGCUACUCCGGCGCCGACAUCAGCAUCAUCGUCCGGGACGCAUUCAUGCAGCCGGUUCGGAAGGUCCAGUCCGCGACCCACUUCAAAAAGGUUCGAGGUCCAUCCAGAAGCAACAACCAGGUGAUGGUGGACGACCUCCUGACCCCGUGCUCGCCAGGUGACCCUGACGCCAUGGAGAUGACCUGGAUGGACGUGCCUAGUGAUAAGCUGCUGGAGCCCAUAGUCUGCAUGUCCGACAUGCUGCGCUCGCUGUCCACCACCCGCCCCACCGUCAACACUGAAGACCUGUUCAAGGUCAAGAAGUUCUCAGAGGACUUUGGGAUGGAAGGCUGACGGGCCCGCCCCCACGUGUGCUCCCAGCAACGCCACUCCCAUCCUCCUCCCCCCUUUUCACCGCUGUGUAGGCUUCCAUCGAUGGUCUCCUGCCUGUGACGGGUCCCAACGAGAGACGGGCGUGUUCUGUCUGUGACCUCUGCUCUUUCUGACUCCUCAGAGGACAUUCCUGCUGGGAUCCAAGUCAUUUGGUGGUCGUGACAGGAGAUCCCACGUCUUUUGCUCCACAUCCAGACCGCGUUCUGCUCCACCAUCUCCACUACAUGAACUCUUGGGUUGUCCCCGGGGAAAAGCUUAACCGCCUCUCCGAGCCGACAGCCCAUCUGACGGAAGGACUUGACGGUUCGUGGCCAUCUUGCACUUUGUUUUUGAAUCCCAGUGAAGGACAGUUUGAAGAAGGUGGCUCCAGCCGGGCAUGCGAGUGUGUCAACGCACAACGUGUUUUUAUUAAAACGUGUGUCGUAGUGCCGGUGAAUGUAAGGAGUCCCCCGCUUUAUUUAAUAUUAAUUUCAGUGUUUGGAUCUCUGGUUCUGAGAGUAUCUGAUAAAGUAGUAAAACCCGAGAAGUACUCGACUGAUCCUUCACAAAGUGGAACCGCAGUUUCCAAAACGGAGUCAACGCCUCCAUUACGACCUCAAAAAUUUCAAUUAUGAUCUGUUCACUUUGUUUCUAUUGAAGCAAAGUAUGUUCGGGUAAUGAAGGAUUUAAAAAUGUGAAUAAUUCAAAUGCGUUUAUUUGUUGCACCAGGAUGAAGCUUUAAAGGAGAGUCAGUCCAGCAUUUCGGUUUCGUCCAGCGUCACAACAUUUAAUCUGCAUUUCACAGACAAGCAGGUUGGCGUGUGCUGGAGCGUCGAGAAGAGGCGUUUUUCUGUUUUAGUUCAGGAAAUGUUCGUUAAUGUCCACAGAGUCCCAGGAGCUGCAGGCUGCAUGUUCUCCACCAAAUCUGGGAUUGCUCGACGCUUUGUUUACAGACUCGGUGCUGCAUUAAGUACAGCUGUGUGUGUGUGUGUGUGUGUGUGAGGUUGUUGAACGCCCCUCUGUGAGGACCCAACAUGCCACUGGCCAUGUAACCAUGACUACUGAUUUAACCCGACUGAAUAAAAACUGACAUUUCAAAUGAA